AAAUGAUUCCCCAGAGUUGCCGUGACAGCGCAGGCAACAGGAAGACUGGGAUCCACCAUAAUAUGGCGACCGAAAAUACCAGCGAUGAAGUUAUAAAUAUUCUUGUUGGGGUUACUGGUAGUGUAGCGGUCAUAAAGCUUCCAAUUCUUGUCGAAAAACUGCAAAAAAUACCAAAGUGUCAAACAUUCAUCAUGGAUGUCAGGUGCUUUCUCAAUAUUUAGGGAACUCUGACAUGAUCUGCAAUUGGAGUCUAUUGUUGAUACUUCGAUUUGCUCAUAUAUCUCGAAAGAGCCAGAAUUUAGCAGUAGUUCAUGUAAAGAUUGUGGCGACUCAGAAUUCAUUUCACUUCUUUGACCGAAAUUCCAUUCCUGUUCAAAUCUAUGAAGAUAAGGACGAGUGGGAGACAUGGAAAAAGAUUGGUGAUUCUGUUCUUCAUAUUGAGUUAAGAAGAUGGGCAGAGUUAUUUCUUAUCGCACCACUUGAUGCUAAUACGAUGGCAAAACUUUCUCAUGGGUUAUGUGAUAACUUACUAACGAGUGUAGCGAGGGCUUGGGACCCAGUCAAACCGGUGUUCUACUGUCCAGCUAUGAAUACCCACAUGUGGCAGCAUCCGCUGACACGAGAACAUCGGGAAAAGCUCAAGAGUUUGAAAUAUAUUCAAAUACCUCCAGUCUCGAAAACUCUAGCGUGUGGAGAUUGUGGCAUCGGUGCUAUGGCUGAGGUGUCAACGAUUGUAGAUACAAUCCGUAAAGCGCUGGGACGAUAAAAAAGGAGAACUCGAUUCCAGGUUUUCACAUCUAUAAGGAAUUGGUCUGAAAUCGAGAUGUAUGAUAAAUACAGUGUGUUGAUUUUUGUUCCUUGUCGUUUAUGAUUUGUGAUGAAGGAAAUUAAAUAUCGGAUCGUGUUACAUCGUCAAGUAAUGCCCUCAACAAACUCGCAUUCACAUGCAAAUGUAAAUAAUAGAUGCCAAGAGGCAAAGCGAAGUGACUUCAACAGACGAUUUUCCUAUAUUCCUUUUCCAAAAACACUUCAUUUUUCCACGAGUAUGCUGAUAUAUUCAUAUUUUAACUAUUCACUUAGAAAAAAGAUCUUGUAGUCGACAAAAAGUAAAAAAUACAUGUCUUUAUGUAUAUCGUGUUGAUUUAUAUGCAAAAUCAUGUCAAAAUGAUGGUCUUCCUUCAGCAAUAAAGUGAAACAAACUCUUCCAAUGUAAAUGCGCCACC